GAAAAGUUGAAGGUGAACGGUUGUUGUUUUAGUUUUAAAAUUUAAUUUCAAACAUUUUCUCUACAAUUUUUCCAAUAUUAGAACAAAAGACGAAAGAUGCCGGCGGUGCACACUUUCUCCCGUAGUGAUAACGAGAUCCUGCAGGAGUUGCUGCGGGUAUUCAGCUCGGGCCGCGGGACGGCUCGCGAGCAAUGGAGUUUGCAAGCGGAGUUACUGGUCGAGCCAGUUGGGUGGGACGCUUUGUGGAAGCUUUCCAAGGAGUUCUGUAAAAGAUUCGAUGUAAGAUUCCCUUGCAUCGCCUACGUAACAGUGACGUCAGUAGACUUCGAAGUGCUGUCAGCUUGUGUGGAAGUCCUCAGUGUGCAGCAUGAGACAGUGUCGUUGCCUGAAAUGGUUGUAGAUGUGCCACUGAUUGAUUUGUGGCCUACGGUCAAGCAACGUGAGAAAUGCAUCAACGCUGCAACUACUGCUGAGUUUAUAGACUUACUGAGGUUCUAUUACAAUGAUAUAUGGAUGCCAUGGGACGAUCAAGAUGAUAAAAUCCUUCUUCCAAACACAAUCGAAGACCGCAUGUCUCUCUGGUCAGAUCUGCACAACGGCACAAUACCACACUGUGUUGCUCGGUCCAUAACUUUGUUGAGGAGCAGUGCUAUAAAUGCACACGAUAAGCUGAAGGAAUUGGACUCGUCACUGUGCGAAGGUGAUCUGGCUGAUGAAGAUGACUCCCUGCUGCCACCAAACUACAUAUCACUAUGUGCAGAGAUGAACGCUAGACUAGAUGGGCUCAUGUCGAAAUGGACACUGUAUGAAAAUCCACUCAUCAGAGAACAGUACCUAGCCAAAGCUAAGAACAGGUGGCAGAAAAACAAAAGUAAAAAGAAUGUGACAGCUCUCUGGCAAGGAGGCUCCAUAUUCGAGUUUGAUGAGAUCUCGAAGUUUUUGAAGGCUCGCAUCACAAACAACCAAACACUGACAGUUAUGGUCUCCGCCGAAGAUGCCCUAGCAUUGGAACCAGAAGAGGUUGUGGUGUGCAGUCAGGAAUAUGAAAUACCGGAGAUGCCGCUGUCGCAAAUAUCCAUCUGCAGUUUUAAUGGAUCGACACUAAAAGCGAGCGACAUGCGUUCCUGCCUGCUGAUGCUGAGCGAAGAGUGCCGCCUACGCCAGCUGACGCUGCCCUGUACCCUCGUCAACACCGUGGUCCUUAUGCGCUCUGGAGAACUUACGCUGCAUUCUUGCUCUUUUACUGGCGACACACAAGGGGCUCAGAGCAACUUCGCGCAAGGGAUCGUCGCGAUGUCUGGCGCCAAGAUCCUCAUUGAAGACUGCACGUUCGAAAACUUUUACUCUGGCAUUGUGAUUCACAAAGGUGCACAGGUUGAGCUUCGCAACUGUCAAUUGAGGAACUGCGGCGUGGGCAUACAGAUGUAUUCCGGAGCUCGGGUACUACUCAGUGCCACUGCUAUCAGCGACUGCAGCGAGCAGUGCGUGCGAUGUGAGCUGGAAGGCAGCCGGAAUGAAAUGGAUGGCCUGACGAUAAUGCCCAACUGCAAAAUUGGGACAGGGAAGAAAGAUGACAUCUUGAUGGUUCAGCAAGACGUGAGCAUUUUGUAGCCAAUUUACAAUCAUCUCUGAUUUUGUCCAAAGUUGAGCCAUUUUUGUAAUUUAGUUAGUGAGUCUAACUUCGAAUAUUACAGUUUAUUUAUGUAUUUAACCAAGAUAGUACAGUUGCACACUGUUGAAUUUGCAAACAAUUAAAUUUUUUGUGGUCUAGUAGGUAAUAUUACCAUUUGUUACAUCAUAUUGUUAUUUUUGAAGUAUGUCAACUCUGAACAAAAUUUAACUUUAUAUCUAUCAAUCCUUUUUUGAAUGUGCCAUUAUUAUUAUCUAUCAAGGUGAUCAUAUCACCAUCGAAUGGAAUGAAGUGGAUGCAAAAAAUAAUUACAUAAUCCAUGAUGAUCCAAUCCGAUGUAUUUCUUAACGUAAAUAAUAUUUAUAUUUCUUUGAUUACACCUAAUGUUUUAAGUUAAUGUUGUAAAUCUUGUUUAAUAUACCUCAAUGUGCAGCAUAAUAUUUAAAAGUGUAAGGGCACCCCCAAAUUAAAGAUGUGACGUUGCAGUGGCAUCACUAAAGAGCCACUGCUGUGCUUCUUCAAGCCACGAUAGCCGAACGGUGAAGGGGUCGGAGUGGCCGACUCGUGAUCCGGCGAACGCUGGUUCGGUCCCCGCCGCCGCUCGACUAUUGCGGUGAGCUCAAUCGUGACACAGGCAUAUUUAGCUUAGUACGAGGGGCUACGGGAGUAUUAGUAAUUUGUGCAAUAACAAAUUACAAUUACUAAUAAUUUUUAAAAAUAAGCCACGAUAUAAUCUUAUCGAGGCAUUUUAUAGAUUUUAGAUGAGUCAACACAAAAUUUUAACUCUGGCUUGUGAUUUAGUUCUAGAAAUUACCUUUUUGUGAACAAAAUUAGUCACGUCAUUGCAGUGUCAUAAAAUAUAAUUUAAGGGCGUCGUAAAUUAAAAAAUUUAAUUAUUAUUAUCAUGCAUUAUAUCGUUUGAAUGUUGAGUAUGCAUGUAGCAAUAGCUUUAAAAUAUGUUACGUUUUACUUACAUGGUAGAAUAGCCAUUUAUAUGUUUUUUUUAUAUUAUUUAGGAUCUGAUAAUGUGAAUGUGAAAGUGGAAUAAAUGUUAUUUUAUAAUAUUAAAAAGUU